AAACACAUGAUUCAACAGUGGGAGAACAAGCACCAAACAGUACCAUUUUAACACACAUCUCCUUAAUGUUCACAUUUGAAGAAGUACCAUCCGUCAUCAGUAUGAAUGUCCAAGAAGUUGACAAGAGAGCAGUUGUUGUGUGACAUGUUAUCUCCAUUUCAGAACUGAUAAUAAGGGACCGGCCAGCUUCACAGAUUGACUGGAAUGUACACAAAAGUCGAUAAAAAGACUAGUUAUUGAUUUAAGCUGACAACAAAGAUGGAGAAGAGUCCUUCCUAUAUACUGAAUGACUACUUGGCAGGAGCCAUUGCAGGUUCUGUGGGAGUAAUAGCUGGCCAUCCCUUUGACACUGUAAAGGUCCAGUUACAGGUUCAGUCUGUGGAGAACAAGUACAAGUCGUUAUCAGACUGUGUGUCUACAGUAAGGAAACAGAAAUUGUCCAAAGGUUUUUUUCGUGGACUUUCCUGGCCCAUGCUUUCUGCAGGAGUGAUCAAUUCAGUUUAUUUCGGAGUGUAUGGAUACACGCUGAAGGUACUUGGUGGAAACAAGGAAGAAAACAGUACGCCUCCCUACCUCAAGAUAUUGUUUGCAGGUUGUUUAGGAGGUGUGGUCCAGUUGAUCCCAGCAUGUCCAGCAGAGGUCAUUAAGGUGGUCUUACAAUCACAAAUACCUCAUGGCCACAACCAAGGAGCCAAAUUUUACAAAGGUCCCUUGGAGGGUGCUGCACACAUUGUGAGGCAACAUGGUUUAAGAGGAAUGUACCGAGGCCUGCCUACACAGUGUAUCAGGGAUGUUCCAGCCAAUGGUAUUUACUUCCUGGUGUUCGAGUUUCUUACCUUCAAUGGUUCAAGUAAGCUACCUUUUAUACCCUCUGCUGUGCAAAAUUUUUUUGCUGGUGGUAUAGCUGGCGUGCUGAGUUGGAUGGCUAUCAUGCCUUUUGAUGUGGUGAAAAGUCGUCUUCAGGCUGACUGUGAUAGCAAGCAGUUUAAAGGUUUUGUAGAUUGUACAAGAGCUUGUUACAGACAGGAUGGUCCAUCAGUGUUUUUCCGAGGUCUGUCCAUGGUUGCUGUGAGAGCAUUUCCAGUCAAUGCCGUCACAUUUAUGGUCUACGCUGAAAGUAUGAAACUUCUUGGAGAGGAAGUCAGUUAUGCUUAACUGAACUAAUAAGUAAGUAUAUUAGAAUGUAGCAAUGCUUGUUUGUUUUCCUAAUAUUGAU